AUGCAAAGUAUUAAACGGGUUGAAAAUGUUGGAAAUGUUGAAAAUGCUAAACCUGUUGAACGUGUUGGAAAUAAUCGGGGGGAGGGGAACGGAAGAGAAUUUGAAGGCACAGAGUUGGAGGGAAAUUUACCCCUUAAAAAAUCUGUAAAAAUAUAUUUGCACAAUUCGAACGAGGAGAGCUUGUCUAAAGGCAGUUCCACGAAUGAUCCUUCCAACAUUGGAUUCACGAAGGAAAACUUGAAUCUGCUUUUUAAUGCAGACGAGGAAAGGAAUUCACUCGACAAUGUUGAUAGCGGGGAUGACAAUACACCCACUAGGAGGGGGGAGGAAAAUUGUCCACAAGGUGAUCGAAAAAGUGGUCACAAUAACGAAUCAAGCGCGCACUGCACAGACCCAAAUGGCAACCCGGUCAGCGAAGACAAUUCUCAGGAGAACGAUGGAAACCUCGUUCAUGUAGAAAUCGGCGCGAGGUUCAGAGAGGACGACUAUGUCAGUGAUCAGUGUGCGAGUGACGAUGUUGUUCGAAAAACGGGGUGGCACUGCGGCAUCAGUGGGGUGAGCAGCAGCAAGAUCAUCGACCGAAUCAGCGGACAGAUGAGCGACCAGAUCAUCGAUAAAACGUGGGAUAAGACCUGCGAUAGAACCUUCGAUAAAACCUGCGAUGAGGCCAUAGACUUGACCAACCGCAGCGACCAUGCCGUCAACAGUGGACCCACCGCAGGAAGAAGCAACGGCGGCAAUAGCUGCUAUACUAAUGGCAUGGUACGAGUUAAUUCUGCAAAUAGUGGAAGUGACAACAGCGAAGUUGAACGGGGAGAAGGAAUGAAUGGCAGCACACAGAGAAGUAAUAUUGCGGAUGAUCCAUCGAGGAAGACGUACACCCUUGAUGGAGUCGAAGGUAGCGGACUGCACAACUUGGAAGGGAAAAAUACAAGAGACGUUAUUAAAGUUAUGUACACGGAACGAGUGGAAAAGUGUGGCCUUGCAGAUAUAACAAAUCAGGGGGGAUCACCAAAUCUGAAAAAAGAGAAAUCUUCUGUUAAUCACAAUUUUGAUAAGGCGAAGAAGCAGAAUGGGGCCGGAAAAUGGGUAAAUUUCAACCAUGGCUUUGAGAAAUCUCCAAGUUUUAACGAACAAAUGGAGGAACUGAAAUUUUUAGAAGAAAUAUAUCAGAGGGAAAAGGUGGACAAAGGGGAAGAAAGCGACGCAGAGGUGAAUCAAAAUUUCAAAGUUACCCCCAUUUCGGAGACGGCAAAAUUGUCAGUGGCGAGAAAUGCUAAUCUAAAUUGUCACUACAGAAAGGAUGCUAAUUUUAACAGAGAAGACAAGGUGAAGAGUUUUACCAGUGCAUUAUCUCAUUUGAUAAAAAACAACAUGGAGGUGAGGCAAAAGGGGGAUGAUGAUCAUCCUUUUCGAACAUUGGCUCCCCCGGGUCGGACAUUCUAUGAACCCAUUUCUGCAAUUCCGGGUAGCUUCCUAGCCGAAGAAAAGAUAAAUAAAAUAAACAUAACGUACAGCCAUCAUCAGGAUGGGAACAACCAGGAAGGUCAUAUGGAAGAUCGCUCCAUCACGAAAGAGAACUAUGGCGAAGGACUUGUCACCUCUAAGUGUGCAAGCAAUAAAGAGAAGGACAGGCAAUAUAUGUCUUCUACACAACAUGACGUUCCUAACUCGGACUAUUCUUUUAAUGGGAAGAUUAAUCUUUCACAGGCAGGUGCAAAUGGUGAAGCGUUUAAUAUGUCGCGGCACUGCCUGGAAAAGGUCACUUUUGUAGAAGCGAAUCGACUUUUUGAACACUCCAAAGUGACAAAUGUGGAAUCACCUGAAGGGAGUCGAAAUGGCAUUUCUGUACAGAACAGACUGGUGUUACAUAAGGACGGAUGCGAGAGAUUUAAUCCCAAUUUGAUCCAUUAUGGUUGGCGCAAAAAGGAAGCCCACAGCGUGUGGUCAGGUAGAAACUUGUCCAAGCGAAAAAUUAAGCCUAAGAAGGAAUUACACCUGAAGGGGUCGAUUAAAGAGAGCAUAUGUGAGAAUGAUAAGAGAAGAGCUCGCAGAAGAGACACCACUGACAAGAGGGAGAAAUAUUCCAUCCAUGUGUCCGAUUAUUUUUCAAAUCGGAAUGAUGACUAUUCCAGCUACAUGAUGAGUGAGGAAGGUGCGAAGAACCGUUUGGCUAGUGACCUCCCCGUUGUACCCCCCUGCAACGAUCAUAAUUAUCCUAGCAGACGAAGUAAUGAAACCAAGAUGUUAAGGCACGUGGGGAACCAAUUCGUCCAGGUGGAAGAGGCACCACCCAGGAAUAAACACAUCAAAGAAGAUAUGUUUCCAAUCGAGGCACGAUCAGGAAAUCCUCCACACUUAGGAGAGUUAAAUAACGAUGUGCCAUUCACAUGUAAUGCUCAAAGUUGCUUCAAUAAGAAAAGCACCGAAGGAGAGAAUAUUCUAGGGGAAAAAAGACUUAGUCGUGGUACUAAUAACCAAAAUUGCAAUAACACCCUAUUCUGCUGCCCCGUGAAGGAAGUCACCAGCGCUCCUCCCAGGUAUCCUAGAACAGCCACUCUGAUGAAUAAAUUGUUUAGAAAAGCAAAGAGGAGUCCAGAACAUGUAGACAAAAAGGAAAACGAUUUUAAAUGCGCUGACAAAGUAUCGAAAGCUAGUUUGGAGGAAACCAAAAGGGACUCGUUAUUGAGUAAACGUUCCGUUAAUUUUAAAGAAGACAAAUCGGACUUAUUUGAGCUGCCCACCGGGGAAAAAGGAGGAAGAACAUUCGACAAUGUUUCAAAUGGGGCGAAUGAGUCGAGAAGACUGUUCACUAAUUGUCCGACCAUUCCGUGUGAACCGUUCAAGGAGGGGAGAAGAACAGCUACACAAUUGUAUAAGGCACAGAUAAGAUUACCUACAUACGAUGAUAGGGGAGCAUACCGUGAUAGGACAAAAUCCACUAGACGGAACAGCACUACGAUGAAUACCGCACCUCCUACCGCUAUGCCUUACCCUAAGUGUGAGCUUAUAUGCAGAAUUCCGAAGAGAGCCUUCACAACUUAUUUUCAAGGCAGAGAUUGUUAA